UUUUCAAUUUGUUGCCACAAUGCAAUGCCUUCGGGCUUUGAGUUGCCUGCUGGCUGUAUCGAAUGUCCUGGCGGAGGACCUCAACAAAACUAUAGCGCCUCAGCGUCCAAGUCCACGAGUCAUCAACGGCUAUCUGAUCACAAACGAAAAACUGGGUGGAUUCUUGAUAGCGAUGCGUUACGACGACGAAUUCAUCUGUGGCGGCAGCUUGAUCAAGGAGAGCAUUGUCCUGACAGCGGCCCACUGCUUCAUUCGGCGUUACAAUAAAUCCAAAUGGACGGCCGAGGGCGGGAUCUCCAACCUCACGGAAUCGGGAGUUCAGCGCUACAUCAAGAAAUUCGCCUGGCCCAUCCAGUUCCGGAGAAAAACUAUGGACAUGGAUGUGGCCUUGGUGCUGCUGAAUGCACCCAUGGUGGGUAUUGGAAUCGACACCAUCCCUCUGUGUUCUCACACCGUUAGCACAGGCACCACGCUCCAAGUUUCUGGCUGGGGAUUAAUCUAUCCGAGGACUGCCGAGCCCGAAAAUCUUCUUAGAGCCGUGGCAGUGCCGGUGAUAGAUAGAAACAAAUGCCGACAAGCCUAUCGGCCGAAGGUUCUCAUAACGGAAAACAUGAUCUGUGCUUCAGUUUUGGGUAAAAAAGAUGCCUGCAUGUACGACUCCGGAGGACCCCUGGUUUACCAGAACGAGGUAUGCGGAAUUGUGUCCUUUGGCAUCGGAUGUGCCAGUGACAAGUAUCCCGGCGUCUAUACAGAUGUGUAUAAAGUGGCUCCCUUUAUUGAGAAGACCAUGAAGAAGUUCCUACAGGGUUAAUAAAUUGUUUCAACGAAGAAAGAAAA